AUGCUGAAGGCUGAAAUCCGGGAGUUCAUAACUCCUUCAAAAUGUGAAACUUUGGACGAGAUCAUCGAUCUAGCGAGGGAUAGGGAAAUUGAAAUAAAGAGGCAAGACGAACGUGGAGAGAAAAGGCAAGUCGAGAAGGGGUCAUCGCAAGGUUCUUCUAAGAAACCUAAGACGCACGAUCAAGGAAAGAAAGAAGCUUCCAAGGGCGGGUUUCCACGAUGCAAGACAUGUGGAAAACCCCAUUCCGGUGAAUGUUUAUUGGGAAGGAAGGGGUGCUACAAUUGCGGACAAGAAGGGCAUCCGUACUACAACUGUCCGAAUCCCAAGAGGGUAUGCUACAAUUGUAACGAAUCGGGCCAUGUGAAAGCUGAAUGCCCAAAGCUUAAACAAGGGGUGAAGAAGGAAGGAAAGAAAGAAGAACCCGUGAAAGCUAAGGGAAGAAUGUUCCAAAUCUCCACGGAAGAAGCAAGGGCUCACCCGAAUGUGGUCUUAGGUAUCUAUAUGAUAAACUCUAUACCCACUUAUAUAUUAUUCGAUACCGGAGCCAGUAGAUCAUUUAUUUCUAGUGAGCUUGCACGUUUCCCUUUAUUCACGAUAGAAAGAAUGUGUACACCUCUCGAAGUAGAAAUUGCCGAUUGUAAGAGUUACCUUUUGCACGAAAUAUGUAGAGGUUGUAGAAUCACUAUAGAUGAUGAAGAUUUUGAUAUUGAUUUGAUUCCCAUGGAUUUAGGGGAAUUUAAAGUAGUGGUAGGUAUGGAUUGGUUAUCCCGUUAUCACGCAGAAAUUUUAUUCGAAAACAAAAUUAUUCAUGUGACAUCUCCUAAAGGGAAACGGGUAACCAUUCAUGGGGAAAGGGAAGUAGGGGCAAAAUUUUGUACUAUCUUAGAAGCAGUUAAGUACGUGAGGAAUGGAAGUAAAGCAUUCUUAGCCUAUGUUGUCGAUACUAAAAUAGGAGCCUUAAGAAUUGAAGAUACUAAGAUAGUGAAUGAAUACCCGGAAGUAUUUCCGGAUGAAUUGCCGGGACUUCCACCCGAGCGGGAGGUCGAAUUUCGUAUCGAAUUAGAACCAAAUGCCAAACCGGCAGCCAAAGCCCCUUACCGGUUGGCACCCGCGGAAGUACGGGAAUUAAUGGUCCAAUUACAAGAACUUCUCGACAAGGGUUUCAUAUGCCCUAGCGUGUCCCCGUGGGGAGCUCCUGUUUUGGAAGUGCAGUUUUUAGGACACGUAAUUAACGAAAAGGGAAUUUUGGUGGAUCCCUCUAAGGUGGAAGCGUGA